UGCAGUACUCUUUGUAGCGACUUUAUUUUUCUUGAUGGCUUUAUGUAUUCUUUUAAAUUUUCUAAAUAUUUUCUCAUGAUUGCUCAAGAAAUUGUGAUAUGGCUUAUACUUUUCGAAGGUUAUAUUAUAAGUAUGCAAAAUGUUUAAUGAUAGUUGUUUUAAUUGCAUUUUUCGUCCAAAUAUUAGUUGCAUUAAAUUACUUUCCUUCAGAAAAUGAUGAUUUACUGAUUAAAAAUGCACAUAUAUCUUUAGAGAAGGCGGCUGUAUCGCCUAGAAAAAUAGAUAAGUAUAAUGACGAGGCGGACUUAUCUGCGAAAAUUAAAUCUAAUAAAGCUGCUUCAUACUUGAGAUUAGAAGAAUUAAAUUUUAAACCUUUAUGUGAAAUUAAAAGCCGUGAAGCCAUAUCGGCAAUCCAUCGUGCAAAAACACAAAAUUGCAAACAAGAAAUUGUUAACAAAACUUGUCUCAUUCAGGAGGGUAAUUUCUAUCCCAAAAUAUUACCAAAUAGUUGUGUCAGUGACAGAAUGAUGUAUGGUAGACACUUGGGAUGUUAUCAAGAUGAAAAAAGACUUAGAAUUUUAUCCAGUUUUUAUGGCAAUUAUAUAAACUCAAAUUCACCUUACUCAUGUUUGGAUAUUUGUAUUCAAGCAGGCUUUCCAUAUGCAGGAGUUCAAUAUGCAUCUGAGUGCUUUUGUGGGGAAAAUCCACCGCCACCUUCAGCUAGUAUAGCUGAUGAUUUAUGUGACAUGAAAUGCCCUGGAGAUAAUAGUAAAGUCUGCGGUGGUUACUUCACAAUGAAUGUAUAUGAAACAGGAUUAGCAAAGUUUGAACCCAGAACACCACAAAUAUCUGAAAAUAAAAACAAUUCAGUGAGAAUAGUUUACCUCUUAACUUUAAACGGACGUGCAUUGCGCCAAGUCCAUCGAUUGAUAAACGCACUAUAUAGAAGCAACCAUUAUUUUUAUAUACAUGUUGACUCACGGCAAGAUUAUUUGCAUCGAAAAUUGAUGUCAUUAGAGAAACAACUACCCAAUGUUAAAUUAGCAGCCACGCGAUAUUCUACAAUAUGGGGAGGGGCAUCUUUGCUUAAAAUGCUUCUUGCAGCAAUGAAAGACCUUUUUCGACUAGAAUGGCAAUGGGACUUUGUAAUUAACCUAAGUGAAAGUGACUUUCCUAUAAAAUCCAUAGAAAGCUUAGAGGCAUUUUUGUCUAUGAAUAAAGGUUUCAAUUUUGUGAAAUCACAUGGACGUGAAGUGCAAAGAUUUAUUAAGAAACAAGGUCUUGAUAAAACCUUUAUCGAAUGUGAAACCCGCAUGUGGCGUGUUGGUGAAAGAAAAUUGCCGCGAGGUAUAGUGGUAGACGGUGGGAGUGACUGGAUUGCAUUGUCUCCCGACUUUGUUUCAUAUGUUACUGGAGACCGUGACGAAUUAUUGGCUGGUUUGGAUAUAGUAUUUCAACAUACUUUGUUACCUGCUGAGUCAUUUUUCCAUACUGUUUUACGCAAUUCUAGAUUUUGCAAUACUUAUGUGGACAAUAAUCUACAUGUUACAAAUUGGAAACGAAAACUGGGUUGCAAAUGUCAAUAUAAACAUGUUGUUGAUUGGUGUGGAUGUUCACCUAAUGAUUUUAAGACUGAAGACUGGCCAAGAAUUCAAAACACUCGAGAUCGACAAUCAUUUUUUGCUAGAAAAUUUGAACCUGUAAUUAAUCAACAGAUUAUUACAAGAGUUGAGGAAUACAUUGGUUUUACUGACCAUCAUCUAUUAAGCAAUCUAGAAGCCUAUUGGCAAAGUAUAUAUCAUAUUGACGAUUUAACUUCGAGUUCAGAUGAUAUGAUACUAACACAUGCAGGCAGUAUUACUCGCGAAAAUUCAAAAAUUUUACUUAAAGAGGGAUGUUCACUAGUUCCAUAUGAAAUUAUUGAAAUAACUUCGUAUAAUUAUGCCGAUGUAUACAAAGGAAAUUUAAUACUCCACAAGGCAGUUUUAAAUAAGGAAUUUGAAGUAUUAAUAGAAACUUGGUAUAAACCAAAGAAACAUCUAGAAUUAAAUUUUGAAAAUCAUUACGUAGAUAAUGUUAAAAUAUUCAAAGUUAGUUCAGAUUACGAUCAAAAAGAAAUGACGUUUAGAAAUUUAGCUAACAUAUUAGGACCCUUAUCUGAACCCAUAUUAUUAUAUCAGUUUGCACCAAUUGUCGAAAAGAAAACAGAAAAUUUCACUAUAUUAUGGUUAGAUCCAACGGGUAUCAUAGCAGAUGUAAAUAGUAUAUAUUUAGACGAGAAUAAUUUAACUAAUUUUAUAAAACCGAAUUUAAAAGCCCCCCUUCUUCCAGGAGUUUGGAAAGUGGGAUUAUUUGAACAAUUAAAUUUGAUAGCCCUAACUAAGUUUUUAAUUACACCUUUAGAGUCUUUUUCUGGUAAAGAAUUAACUCAUCAAGAAGCAAAUAUAAUUCAUAGUGGAUCACAAAAUGCUUAUAAAAAUUUUUCUUAUGUGAAACCUUUAAAUUUUUUACCUGAUGAAGAAGAAAGUUUAUUAUUGCAAAAAAUUUCUCAUUCAAAUAUUAAAAGAGUCAACCAAGAUUUAAAAAACUGGAUAGAUAGUCUUAAUUCUGAUUUUUAUAGUGUUUUAGGUUCAUGUGUUUCAACUACUAGUCAAAAUAGUAAAGAAAAAUUAGGAUGCGGAAAGCACAUUUUUGAAUAUUGCACUCAAACUGAGUGGAGUUCUUUGUCACCAGAUCCUAAAGGAACUAUAGGCAAUUUAAAUUCAAAAUCAGGAAGACUGGAUAGAACGUGACAAUUAUUUUAUUUUUUGUAUACUCUGCUAAUAAAAUAGGAAUUCCACUCGCCCACUAUUUAAUAAAUAUUUGUAUAUAAUUAUUUUGUUGAAUAGAGUAAAAAAUAUUUUCAA